AUGGUUGCCUGGGGAAAACAGCACUGCUGUGUUGGCAGAAUACAGGACAUUUUCUUGAGAUUCAGGAUUGUUCUAGCAGUCCUUUUACUUCAUUUGUUCCUGGCUACAGCAGGCAAAGAUCAGGAGUAUUUCCUAGGAAAAUAUAAAGCCGUCUUUAAGACUGCAUGUGAAGAUCCUUGGAUUAUGUCAUCAAGAAUUUCUCUGCAUCCCUUGAAGGAAUUCAUUGUCUGUGUGCACAUUAAGCUAUAUUCCCCAUAUGGUCCCUGGACAGCAUAUGUAUACAAUCAAGAAACAUCUCACAGCAAUCUCUCUGCACACAAGUAUGAUCUUGGACUUACAGGAGAUCAUGGUAAAUUGAGGAUAUGGUUGUUUGGAAAGCAAAUAUAUACAACAGCAAGACUUCAUGAAAACACUUGGAACAAAAUAUGUAUCCAGUGGAAAAGUGAAGAUCAGGAGAUGAAGGUGUUCAUAAAUGAAACAACAAAAGUAACCAGGAAACUACCUGGGAAAGUUAAUUUCCCUGGAAAAGGGCAGUUCUCACUUGGUUGUUCAAAGCUGCCAGGUACAGCUAUGUCACGUCAUCUGGGUAUGACUGGGGAGCUGUACCUAUUCAGAAUGUGGGAUAAAGCAAAUAUAAAGCAAUCUCUGGACUGCGAAGAUAGUGGUGUUAUACGCUGGAGAAAGGAGGAUUGGGUCUAUAAUAAGACAGUAGAAGAGGAUAACUCUUUGCCAUGUGUUGAAACCUCUGCUACGUUGCCUGGCAGAAAACUGCAAGACACUCAGGAAUCGGCUGCAACAACCAUUUCUGAUAUGACUUCAGAGGAGACUACACAAACUACAGGAGCUCUUAGCAUCACUGAUUAUUACUCCACCAUAACACCAGCAGGAGAAACCAUUGUGUGCAACGUAACAAAUGUCUGUAACUUUUCAGUGUUCUAUGUGGGCAAGGUAAAACUUCAGGCAAGUGAAGAAAGUAACAAGUCACUAAAUGUAGAAAUAAUUAAUAACGUAACCAUCAACAAUCAAGUUACAAAAAUUAUUGCAAUUCCAGCACCUACCCCACAAGAAUUAAGAAUUUCAGAGUUCAACAAAACCUUGCAAGCAGUAAGUGAGUCCUCUGUUAUGGAAUGCCAUACAGAAAACCAGAGUAUGCACUGCAAUUUCAUAGUGAAGCUGGCUGAGAGAGAGAAUAUAAGCAGUUUAACAGACAAAGCAGAAAUAAGCCAACUUGAAUCGUGCUGCUGUUCAUCAAUCAAGUAUUGUUCCUUGACUGCUGAAGAAUUACAAAUGUAUACUAUACAAUUGCGACCUCAUUCUAUAUGGAUUCCUUUCCCUCGUUCUCCUUCUCUCCCUAAAAAGACUGCCCCCAAAUCUAAUACUUUUAUUUCCCCCACUAAGCUUUCUACCAAACAAAGCCCUACAGUUAGACCACUGAUCCCACCAUUCACAGAAAUUUAUUUUUCUGGAGCUUUGACAUCUCCCACUACAAAUCCUCUCUCUGAAACUUCUGCCACAUAUACUACUGAAACUUCUGUGUCUUCCACCAGUGUUACCACUACACUUUCCUCUUCUGAGUCGCUUGCUCAGCCUACUAUGCAAACUUUUCCUUCCAUAGCUUCUACUAAAUCUGUCACCAUUUCCACACCUGCAACAAAAUCUACCAGUAAUGCUGCUUUCUCAGUUAAAUCUGAUGCUGCAUACCUUAGCAAGCCUAUUACCAUAUUUUCUCCUUCUGUAGGUUUCAAUAAACAUUCUGAAGUUUCCUCUUCUGAGCUUCCCCCCAAACCUGCAAUAGCAAUUCCUCCCGUUGAGACUACCACAAAAUCUAUUGCACAAAUUCAUCCUGCUACAGAUUUGACCCAACCUCCUUCUGGUAACAAAAAUGUUACUACAGCACCUAUUCUUCCCCUUACUCCUUUCACAAUAACUUUGACCCCUACUGUUAGUCCUGUCAACCAUUCUGUCUCAGGUUCUCAUCCUCAUUCUACUGCUGGUGGCCACGGUAAGCCAGGAAAGGUGCUAUCAGCUACCACAUACACAGCUUCUGUAUACACCACCAUUAAUGUCACCACAGCUGAGCAAAUCGUGUCCAAAAUAGAAAAUGAUUUAGCCGCUGGAAAAGUAGAGCCAAAAGAUGUGGAAAGGAUGGUUAGUGAGGUUAGCAAAGUCCUGACUGCUUCUCAACCAUUACCACCCCGAAUUUCUAACAGAGUUAUAAAACUGGUGGAUUCUAUUGGCUUAAAACUGAACUUUUCAGCAACGUCUGCUGAUUUUACCUCCCCUUCCUUGGCUCUGGCAGUUGUCAAAACCAAUAGCACCCGCUCCAACCAAAUGUCUUUUGCUGUCCAGGACUCAGCUGAUCUCCAGAUCUCUCUAGGCAUUAAUGCAAUUUAUGAUUUAAAUAAUCUUGGAUCAAUUACACUUCCUUCAUCAUUGCUGUCAAAUUUACCCCCUGAAGAGUUGGACUUGGCCUCUAGAAUCAUAUUCAACUUCUUUAAAAAGACCACUGUGUUCCAGGAUCUUUCCUUGAAGAAUGCAUCUUUAAUCAGCAAUGUUAUAUCAUCAAGUGUUGGUAACCUCACAAUUAGCAACUUAAAGACGAAUGUUACUGUCACUUUACAGAAUACCAAACCUAAUCAGGAUAAUUCAACAGUUAGGUGUGUAUUUUGGGACUUCAAUAAAAACGGUGGACAUGGAGGCUGGUCGUAUGAAGGCUGCAUAGUUAAAGAAAGUAGAGUAAAUGAAACAGUCUGUUCAUGCAACCACCUCACAAGCUUUGCAGUUUUGAUGAACUUGUAUGGAAAAACUCCUUUGAAUCCCACACAAGAAUUGGUACUGACUUUUAUAUCUUAUAUAGGCUGUGGCCUCUCUGCAAUUUUUCUUUCUGUUACUCUUGUGACCUACAUAGCCUUUGAGAAAAUCCGGAGAGACUACCCCUCCAAAAUCCUUAUUCAGCUCUGUGCUGCGUUACUUCUGCUCAACUUAGUUUUCCUCCUUGACUCAUGGAUCGCACUGUAUGAUUCACGAAGCCUGUGCAUUGCAGUUGCAGUAUUUCUUCACUAUUUCCUCUUGGCUUCCUUCACCUGGAUGGGCCUAGAAGCUUUCCACAUGUAUCUGGCCCUCGUGAAAGUCUUCAAUACCUAUGUACGGAAAUAUAUUCUUAAAUUUUGCGUUGUUGGUUGGGGGUUACCAGCAGUAGUUGUGUCCAUUGUGUUGGCAGUAUCACCUGAUAAUUAUGGACUUAUAACCACUGGAAAGGUUUCAGUAAACAGACCUGAUGAAUUCUGCUGGAUUAAAAAUAGAAUUGUCUUCUAUAUUACUGCGGUGGGAUACUUUUGCCUGAUAUUCCUGAUCAAUAUCAGCAUGUUCAUUGUUGUGCUGAUCCAGCUCUGUCGUAUCAAAAAGAAAAAACAACUUGGUACUCAAAGAAAAACCAGUAUUCAAGACCUUAGGAGUGUUGCUGGCCUCACAUUCUUGUUGGGAAUUACUUGGGGAUUCGCUUUCUUCACAGUAAAUGAGGUAUUUACUUACCUCUUCACCAUUUUCAACACUUUGCAAGGGUUCUUCAUUUUUAUCUUCUAUUGUGUAACAAAGGAGAAUGUCCGUAAACAGUGGAGAAGAUACCUCUGUUGUGGGAAAUUCAGGCUGGCUGAAAACUCUGACUGGAGUAGAACUGCUACUAAUGGUUUGAAGAAGCAGACUGUAAAUCAAGGUGUAUCCAGUUCUUCCAAUUCCUUACAAUCAAACAGUAACUCCACUAACUCUACAACACUGCUAAUGAAUAAUGAUUACUCAGUGCACGCGAAUGGAAAUGGCCAUCUUUCCAGUGAGAAGAAUGGUGUUUCUUUCGUUGUGCAGAAUGGUGAUGUGUGUCUCCAUGACUUUUCAGGCAAACAACUUGUAUUUCAAGAAAAGGAUGAUACAAGCAGCCAGAAAAACCAUGUCUCGCUCAGAAGGACCUCAAAGAGGGGAAGCCUAACUUUUAUUGAGAAAAUGUGAUUUUCUUUUAAACGGCUCUUUGUUUUACAGUGUGAAGUAGAGAUUUACUUUAACAGUUUUACAUAAUGUGAGCAAACCAAGAACUGAUUUUAUUUAAUAUAUGGUACUGGAACUUCAAGGCAGCCAUACAAGGGAUUGACAAGGACAAUUAUUAAAAAAAAAACAAAAAGGAAAAGGAAGCUACUAUUUUGACAGGGUGUCUCGGAUGUCAA